AUGUGCCUGCUUCAAUUGGAUUUCAGGCCCUUCCUGACUGAAGUGAGAACCACAGCACUACUCAAUUUCUCCUCAGAACUGGAUCGGAGACACGCGCGACGAUUCUCCCAUUCCCUCCUCCCUCUCCCCCCUCUCUCUCUCUUGCUCCCUCCCUCUCUCUCAUCGUCUCCCACUCUCUCUCCUUCUCUCUCUCUGCAUCAUAUCUCUCCCAACUCACAGGGGCUGCAUUUCCUCCUGGAACUAUCAUCAAUAACAGCAGCGAGGAAAAUUAAGUUCUCUCCCCGCUUCAGAUUGGAGCCACACUUCAUUUUGGAAUACCGUUACAAGCCAACAGAAACAACUUAUUCGUCCUCCCCUCCCCGCUUCCUGGAAGCGAAUACAGUAUUGCCCGGUUUCCUUGUUUUUCAUACCCAGUCGAGUGCUCGUGGACUCCUGGACGGAAUGAAAACGGAGGAGACUCGAUCGUGUUUACAACAAGCUCCCUCGGCCCUGGCUUUCGAGGGGCGGGAGCUCUGUGCCGGCUGCGACGCUCCAAUCGCGGACCGCUUCCUGCUGCGGGUCAACGAGCGGUCCUGGCACGAGUCCUGCGUGAAGUGCGCCGUGUGUCUGCAGACACUGUCUGGGACGUGCUACUGCCGCAAUCGCCAGCUCUACUGCAAACACGACUACGAGAAGCUCUUCAUCACUAAGUGCAGCAGCUGUCUGAAGGUGGUGAGCCCCUCGGAGUUCAUCAUGCGUGUGCUGGAGCACGUCUAUCACGUCAACUGCUUCUGCUGCUGCGAGUGCGAGAGGCGGCUGCAGCGCGGGGAUGAGUUCGUGCUGAAGGAGGGGCAGCUGCUGUGCCGGGGGGACUACGAGAAGGAGAGGGAGAUGCUGAGCGCCAUCAGCCCCACCCCCACAGAGUCAGUGAAGAGCGAUGAGGAAGGGGGAGGUCAUGCGCAGGGGAAAGGGGGCGAGGACAGCAAGGACCACAAGCGUUCGAAGAGACCCCGCACCAUCCUGACUACCCAGCAGCGGCGCGCGUUCAAAGCCUCAUUCGAGGUGUCCUCCAAACCCUGCCGGAAGGUUCGAGAGACGCUGGCAGCGGAGACGGGGUUAACAGUGAGGGUGGUGCAGGUCUGGUUCCAGAACCAGAGAGCCAAGAUGAAGAAGAUUGCUCGCCGACAGCAGCAGCAGCAGCAGCAGGAGCAGGAGCAGCUGGGGGCCCCAAGGAGAGGGCCGAGCAGGGGGGGUCGGCAGAGCAACGAGGACAGCGAAGACGGCUCCAGUGUCCACGGGCUCGAUGGCCUCAUGGUCCCGUAUCCCACGAUGCCCCGGCAGCAGCUCCUCGCUCUCGAUCAGAAUAUCUACGGCAGCGACUCGUACCGGCAGGGUCUCACCCCUCCGCAGAUGCCUGGAGACCACCUGCACCCCUACGAUUCCGAGGCAGUGUUCCACGACCUGGACAGCGACGGAAGCCUGGGUCACCUGGGAGACUGUCUCCUAGCAACGGCGGACACGGGGCUCCUGCAGGGCCGGGUGGGAAACCCCAUUGACCGGCUAUACUCCAUGCAGAGCUCCUACUUCACUUCCUGACCUGCCCAGGAAGCGCAGAGACCUGGAGACUGGGCCGGGGGGAUCUGGGUGUUCUAUUUAUCAAAACGGCAGAUUUUAAAAUAAAAACCAACAGAUAUGGGCCAUCCCAGCACAGGCCUUGUUUUUUUUUUUUUUUUUUACAUAUUGUUAUUUAGCUCAAAGGAAAAAAAGAACACCAAUUAUAAUGUCCUGGAAAAACUGGAUGCUCUCAGCAAAAUGAUUUAAAGAUGAUGGUGGCAAAAAGAAACAAGGAUAGGUUCCACUAGCUAAAGAAAAUGAAAGUGUGGGCUAUCAAGUUUCUCCAAGACUCUCCUUAAUUAUAAAACUGGAAACUACUUCAAACUACAAGCCCCUCAGAUUAAAUAUCAUUCAUUCCUGGUUUGGAAUUUUUUAGGGGUUGUUUUUCCUUUGCAGUUAAUAAAAACAACAGCUACGUGCUCAUGCUGAUUUGUAAUGUAAAAACUUGAACGUUGGGCAUUCCCUUGAGGGGCUGCUGUCUGAAUGUUUUGCUGUUUUAAUAUUCUAAAAAACACUGACUUCUCAUCUGUCUGCUGUUCCACAAACCAUUGACCAGGCUGAGAUGUUUUUUCUCUUGCGUUUACCCUGUCCUGACCCUCAGAGUGUGGGUGAGAGAAGGGGGGCACGUCACGCACCACCCCCUCCUCCCUCCUCCCUCCUCCCCCUCAUCUUUAAUAACCUGCAUGAUGACGGAUCCCUCCGGCGAGUCUGUUUCAUGUUCUGUUUAAAGAAGUCAGGCGAGGGGAGAUCCAGCUCUCUCUGCCUCAAGGUUGCGCUCAGAAAGGUUUUAUUUUAACCCUUUGUGGACGCUGUCGGAGUAAGGCAGCAUGGACUGGUCCACUCUUUCUUGUUCUGUGAGUGGACUGGAGAGCCAGUGUUCUGGUGGUUAAAGUCCAGCAGGGUUUGUGUUUAACCAUAACACUCUGGACUACUGGACUGGACUCGCAUUGUCUUUUAAUUCAUCUUGGUCCAGGAGGGCCAUUCCACUCCAGGUUUAACAGGUAACAUUAGAUGAUUACCUUCUUCAGGGUCUGGAUGGAGGUUUACCUGGUUCAAUUAAACCUUUUAAAAACCAGGGUUGGAACAAAGACCAGGAGUGGAAGGGUCAACUUUGGCCACCCCUGUUUUCAUUGAAUUGUGAAGAGUUCUGGGCUGCUGACCCUGGUGUGCCAAUGUCUUGGACCUCGGAGUGUCGCCAAAAAUGAACCGUAAAGAGGUCACUGUCAUUACAUGAGGCCACCAGAAGGACUGCUUUGUCACCUCUGAAACUGUGUUGUUGAGCCAGUCUACCUGGAGACUAAAACACAGACCAUAACGCACUGACAGACCAAGGCACACCGCCAAGGACAAAUACUGUAUGAAGGACAGAGGCUUGUGAGUUUUGGUUUACCUGCAGCUGAACUGAAUAACUUACACCAAUGGACCAAUUGGAUUGCUGAGACCUCCUCCUGUCAUUGUGAUGUCAUUCCCCAUGCCAGUCUUGGCUCCAGUUCCUAUUCCACUGUGAUUUGAGCCACUCCAGGUUUUACUCUCCUCACACAGCAGGUAUUAGUGGGGAGUGGGGGAGUGGAUUUGAAGCGACUCCUGACUGUUGCCGUGGAAUUGGAGACUACAGUAUACACGGGCCCUCUUUACAAAUCUUUAGACUGGUUAAGGACUGUUUUUUUGUGCAGUGCAAUUAAGGAUAAUCACAAGACAUGCCAAGUGUAACUAGAAAACACAUUAGAAACGAAAACGAAAGAAAGUUUGCUGGGGCUGACUGGGUAGCAGCUAAUGGAGGACAGGAACAGAAAUAUUUAAACCCUAACUACUGCAUUUUUCUUCUUUAUAGUCACUUUUAAUAGUCUUUGCAUAGCACACAGCGCCACUAUGUGGCAAAAAAUGGUAUCAGGUUUUUAUUUGUUCAGCACUGGUGAUGUUUUUGCACAGGUUUCCAAUCGGUUAUACUGGUUAAAUAAGAAGAAGAAGAAGAAAUAGCCAGUUAAUUCAAUGUUCAUCAUUGUAUAAUUUUACAGUGUCUGUUGCAUACAAUGGUAUUCAUUCUUGUUCAAUGAAUCUAGUUGCUUUAAACCCUGAGCUGUGGUGGUUGGUCUAGCCAGUAGGAAAACUAGCAGAGCUGUGUUCUAAUCCCCCCAGUUACAGUAACACCUCGAUUAUCUGAACUUGAUCAAUUUCUCCCGUUUCUCACAUUCCUAUUCCAGCAUCCCUCAAAGUCGCAUCCUUGUUGAGGCAGUUUGUUAAUUUUGAAUUUCGUCCUCCUCAAAACCAAUUUGAAAUCUGGCCGUGGUUUUGACCUGCCGGUUUUGCCGGCUGGUUUGUGCAGAUGUUGUGAGUCAGUGAAGACGCGCGUGUUAAACUACAGGGGGCCAAGCGCAGUCUUACUAUCUGACACGGGUCCCUCCACAGCCGUAUGUAACACAGCUGGGAACUCUUGAAGUUUCAUAUAGAUGUAAAUGUUUACUGCUAUAUCGUGAUUCUCCGAAUAAGGCACCUUUGUAGACACCCGUUAGUUCAGAUAAUAGAGGCUUACUGCGUCAUUACUGGUAACAGUAUAAACCACUUUACAGAAUUAUAGAGCUACAGGUAGCCCUCUCCUUUUCAACAGUUAUUUUUUAGGGGCUCACAAAAUACGCCCAGAAUACAUUUUUGACCCAACUUGACCUUCUUUGACCUUUUCUACGUAAUGCGUUAUAUAUAUUUUUUUUAAAUGUAUUCUUUGCUUCUGACCAGCAACUGACCAAAUGCAUCCUGCAUAUCCAAGCCAAGGCCCUGAAAAAUGAAUGUUGAAAUUGAGUAACGUUGUUGUAAUAAUGGCCGUGAGUAAUGUUUGAGAGUAAGGGGGCGCUGCAGUUGCCAUUUGAUGCUGUGAAUUGCAGAAAAAAGAGAAAAUGUAAAAAAAAUGAAAUUGUGAUAAUUUGUCCCCGUCUUAAUAAUAAUUCUCUUUUACAAAAAUCUUUAAAAAAAAAAAAACAACAAAAAAUGAAAGACCUUGUAAGUAUUUUGUAUUUUUAUUGUGUGUAAAAUAACUUAAUAUUGAACUAUUUAUGUUGACAUCGUGUGUCUUUGUACUGAAGCUUUUUUUUCGCUUGCUGUCCAAUAGCUGGUGUAACUCAAAGAUGACGUGUGUUGCUGGUGUACUGUUUUAAUUCAGGUGACGUGUACAUUUUUAAUUCUGUAUAGUUUUCUUGUUUUGUUUAGUUUUUUUUUUUUCAAAUGAACACACAAGUGAAUUAAGCAAAUGCUGUAACCCUUAAAAAUGUAUUUAUCAAAUUGUGGUCCUGUUGAUUUUUUGGCCUCGAAUGUACAACCUACUGCAUAGAAGUGUCACCCAGUAUAAAAUGGACGUCGAUCCUAUGAUAUCCUGCAUUACAGAUCAGACCAUUACAUGAGUGUUUUCAAAACUGAUUUGUCAGUUUGACCGU